AAAUCAGAGGUGGAAGGACCGACAGGGUGUUGCCAGGAACAGGUAAAUAAAACCUGAAGAGGGGGAAAGAAAAAAGUUAUUUUGGGGCCAAGAAGUUGUAAAAGUGUGCUGGUGGGCCGUUUAAGAGAAGCUGAGGAUUCAGACCUGCUUUCAUGUGCUCACAUUCACACACACUGAUCACAGCAGGGGAGGCUCUGACAGAUAAAAAUAACAAAAAGGUUCACCUGGGAAGACCAUCGAAAUGAAGUUAAUGGUCAGUAUCCCGCUUUUAUUUUUGCUGCCCUCCUAUGCAAGCCAAACAUCAGUCAUCCGCAUUGAUUCCACUCCCAUACCAAGCACUGAGGGGGUAAUCCAGACUGAGACUCAAGAGACGGUGUCUCUGCUCUGUAUUCUCUCUGGCACUCCCGACGAUAAGGAGUUGGUAUGGCUGAGGAAUGGUGCUAUGAUUAAACUGGACGAUGGAAACAAGGAGAAUGGUAGCAGCGUGUGCAUCCAUCCGGUCAUCCAUGAGGAUGAGGGCGCCACGUUCACCUGUCAACUGAAGAGCAACUCCUCCCAUUCGGCCUCGGUCACCCUCAAUGUCACAUAUCACGCAGAUCUCAAUGGUACAGAGGAAGUUACACUGGAAGAGGAGGAAUCGCUGAACCUGCAAUGUGACAUGAGGGCCAACCCUUUGGUAACGUCAGUGACGUGGAAACUAAACGGAACCAUAGUGGAUCUAUCGACAGGUGGCUUCAUUAUAUCCAACGACGGCUUUAACACCAAGCUACAUGUCAAGAGAGUAGACAGAAGCCUGCAUGAAGGCGAGUACCAGUGCACAGUAACCUCUCCUGUCUAUGGAGAUCGCAACAAGAUUUUCCAUGUCACUGUCACAGAUAAGACCAUAAAGUUCCCUCUGGUGCCGAUGAUUGCGGGGCUGGUGGUGGUGGGCCUCACAGCUCUUCUUGCCAUAGUUUCACGAUGGAGGAUGAUUGCACGGUGCUGCAAAAAGUGAUCCAAAAGAACCUGGUCCUCUCAAGUGAGACCGUCGAUGAAGUCUUCUGAUCACCCAGCUUUUUCUUAUUUGAUUUCUUACAUUUCUGGAUUUUACCUGAAGCUAGACGCUCUCCCCACCUAAUAAGUAAACAAAUAAAUAAAACUGUUGUAUUUCCUGGAAGAACUGAACAUAUCAGUCAGUAAGUUUUAAAUGGUAUUAAGUUAUUUUAGUUUAAUUUUAAUAGAUUCAAACAAGAUUUGUUAUUCUACUGCGUUUCCAUUAUUUUCUUUUUAGUUCAGACUACAAUCAUCACAUUGUGUCUGGGGAAGACAGAAGAGUUGACUUUCUCACACUAACAGUUCAAUAAGCGUUUUUCCUGUGCUAAAUAUUCAAAUGUAUGUCAAAAUCUGACAAAUGUACAAACUUGUGUAUACUGUAAGGGAUAUUGGAAACACACUGUAAUGAGGGAUUUCAGAAUCAUGUAAUGAGGCAUUAAAUGUACUAGAACCUGCUGUCACGGAAGAAAUAAACUUAUUUAUCUGUUCCAGAAAGAAAAAAAAAACUAAAUUAUUCAUGAAUACAAUUUAAGUUGAAUAAUGUUGAAAGAAAUACUAUAUAAAUACAGAGUCAGCAAAGAAAGAAAUGAUUUAACUUAAGUUAAUAUCACUGAGUUUGUGUUUGAUGCUUGGUUAGGACAAAAAAACAAAAUAAAAUUCAGAAUCAAGCUAGAUAAAAUUUUGGUUUGGAAUUAAACUGGAUUUUUUUCUUUCUAGCUCAGUAGAUAUAAAUAUUGACAACUUUUGAUGUUAGCAAUGAUUUAAUACAAAAUUCAUUUUUCGACCUGUUGUUUAGGGUGGAUAGAGCUAAAUUAAGAAAGGUACUUCCAA